CGAGGAGCCUAAAACUCUCGAGUUUAAGAUCUAAACAUUGCUUAGUCUUUGUUGUAUCCUUGUUUUUAGAUGAAAAAAAACAAGAAAUAAAAGCGAGAUUACGACGUAGACGGCACUCAUUCAUUAAUGAAGCAUCGUCAUGGAUUAAUGAGUCAGGUGGGAUGAUCCUACAACCUCGUCACAAGAAAUCUUUACACUUUUUUUAUUCUGUUUCUGGAAACUAAUACACGAAUAUAAUUCUUCCCAAAUUUCUUCAUUUACAACCCAACAACACUCCCUGUCUAAAAAAUUGAAACGUGAAUGAAUGAUAUUGUAACAAUUGGUGGAAAUUUUGGGAGGACAACACGAAGAUGAACGUUGCAGUGGGUGUUCGGGCAGCAAUUCCAGUUGGGUCACCCCUCGUUUCAGCCAAAAGGGGCUCAACAAGCAAAGAAUUUAUUUUGACACAGCCAUCAGCACUGAACGGCAGCUCAACAAAUUUGCCAAGACGCAAUUCCCUGCAUUCUAAGUCAAAAGUCUACAUAGUACAGAGAGUGAAGCACUGUUCUACUAUUUCGGCCACUUCGACUGAAAGCAGUCAAACAAUGGAAAAUGCUGAAGUAGGUACAGAGAAUCUGGGAAUCCUGGGUGUGGAUUCAUCUCUGGAACCCUACACAGAUCAUUUCAGAUAUAGAGUUCAGAAAUUUUUGGAUCAAGCUCAGCUCAUUGAGAAAUACGAAGGCGGCCUCGAGCAAUUUUCCCAAGGAUACUUAAAAUUUGGAUUCAAUCGAGAAGAAGGGAGCAUUCUCUAUCGGGAAUGGGCUCCUGCUGCUCAGGAGGCCCAGCUUAUUGGAGACUUCAAUGGGUGGGAUGGUUCCAACUACAAAAUGGAAAAGAACCAGUUUGGUGUUUGGAGCAUUAGAAUACCGGAUUCUGGUGGAAAAUCCGCUAUUUCUCACAAUUCAAGAGUCAAAAUUAGGUUUAAGCAUGGAAAUGGAAUUUGGGUUGACCGAAUUCCAGCAUGGAUCAAAUAUGCCACAGUGGAUCCCACGAGGUUUGCAGCACCAUAUGAUGGCGUAUACUGGGAGCCUCCUCCUGAAGAAAGCUACCAAUUUCAGUAUCCUCGUCCUCCGAAGCCAAAGGCUCCCCGGAUUUAUGAGGCUCAUGUUGGAAUGAGUAGCUCAGAGCCUCGAAUAAAUUCAUAUAGGGAAUUUGCAGAUGAUGUUUUGCCUCGCAUUAAAGCAAACAAUUACAAUACAGUGCAGCUGAUGGCCGUGAUGGAGCAUUCCUACUAUGCUUCUUUUGGAUAUCAUGUGACAAACUUCUUUGCAGUGAGCAGUAGAUCUGGAAACCCUGAGGAUCUCAAGUAUCUGAUUGACAAGGCUCACAGCUUAGGUUUAAGAGUACUGAUGGAUGUUGUUCACAGCCAUGCUAGCAAUAAUGUCACUGAUGGUUUGAAUGGUUUCGAUGUUGGCCAAAGUUCACAGGAUUCCUACUUCCAUAAUGGAGACCGUGGUUAUCAUAAGCUAUGGGAUAGUAGGCUGUUCAAUUAUGCAAACUGGGAAGUUCUUCGAUUCCUCCUAUCUAACGUAAGGUGGUGGCUCGAAGAGUACAGAUUUGAUGGUUUUCGUUUCGAUGGAGUAACCUCCAUGCUAUAUCACCAUCAUGGAAUUAACAUGGGGUUUUCAGGAAACUAUAACGAGUAUUUCAGUGAGGCAACCGAUGUUGACGCUGUGGUUUAUCUGAUGCUAGCCAAUCGUUUGAUAUACAACAUUUUUCCUGAUGCUUCAGUGAUCGCAGAGGAUGUAUCUGGUAUGCCUGGAUUAUGUCGCCCUGUUUCUGAAGGGGGUGUUGGGUUUGACUAUCGACUUGCAAUGGCUAUUCCUGACAAGUGGAUUGACUACUUGAAAAAUAAGAAGGAUGAUGAAUGGUCCAUGAAUGAAAUCAUGCUAAGCUUGACCAAUAGAAGAUACACUGAGAAGUGUGUAGCAUAUGCAGAAAGUCAUGAUCAGGGCAUUGUUGGUGAUAAAACGAUGGCUUUUUUGCUAAUGGACCAAGAAAUGUAUACUGGAAUGUCUUGCCUGACAGAAGCUUCUCCAGUAGUUGAAAGAGGGAUUGCAAUGCAUAAGAUGAUUCAUUUUAUAACAAUGGCCCUUGGAGGGGAAGGUUACCUGAACUUCAUGGGUAAUGAGUUUGGACAUCCCGAAUGGAUUGAUUUCCCUAGAGAAGGCAAUGGUUGGAGUUACGAUAUGUGCAGACGUCAAUGGAACCUGAUUGAUACAGAUCACCUGAGAUACAAGUUCCUGAAUGCCUUCAAUUGUGCCAUGAACUUGUUAGAUGAGAAAUUUUCAUUUCUCUCCUCAUCAAAGCAGAUUGUUAGCAGUACAAAUGAAGAAGACAAGGUUAUUGUGUUUGAAAGAGGCGAUUUGGUGUUUGUCUUCAACUUCCAUCCAGAAAAUACAUACGAAGGUUACAAAAUUGGGUGUGAUCUGCCUGGGAAGUAUCGUGUUGCACUUGAUAGUGAUGCUUUGGAAUUCGGUGGAAGAGGAAGGGUGGGUCAUGACGUUGAUCAUUUCACAAAUCCUGAAGGAAUACCAGGAGUUCCUGAGACAAAUUUCAACAACCGUCCUAAUUCCUUCAAAAUCCUAUCACCAGCUCGUACAUGUGUGGCAUAUUACAGAGUAGAAGACUAUCCAGAAGAAGGUGUUGCAAAAAAUGCUACUGUUGCUGCUGAUAUUCCAGAAGGAGAAGAGGGGGAUGAAGGUGAAGGUGUUAGCCCCACGCUCAAAGAACCAGCCCCUGCUGAAGGGAAUGGUAGUCCAAGCAUAGAGGUUAUCCCAUCAACAGACAAGGUCGUGGUCGGUAUACAACCCAGUAACACAGAAUUAAAUCCCUUCACAGCUACUGACUUUAAAGUCAAUGUACCUUUUCUGUCAUCCUUGCCCUUCGCUUUUGUUCGCGGAUAUCUGUUAGCGUAAAUAAGUAGCUAGGCUGCUUACAAGUCUACGUAAGUUGCAGUUCGAUAAUGUAUGAAUAAAUCAAAUCAAAGAAUUUUGUUACCAAUAUGUAAAUGUAUUACAAGGUUAUUAUGACCAA